GCAGAUGAUCCCUGUCUUCACAUAUACCCACGGUUCCCGUUCAUUUUCAUUUAAGCCCCAUGAAAUAGUUGACGAAGCUUAUCCCAUUCCUCGAGUUGCGUACAGCUCUCCCACUCUCCUUGUUCAUGAUGACACUCAUCUCAGAUUUUCUGCCAAAUCUUGGCAAUGGAAACGACCAACUCUCACGCUUGCUUUUCUCCCUCUUCGUUAUCUUCACGCUCUCUUGCUACGCCUGGAUUUACACCAAAAAUAGGAAGGGCACCGACACUCCACCACUGCCGCCAGGCCCACGUGGCCUCCCGUUGGUCGGGAACCUCCUCUCCCUCGACCCGGACCUCCAUUCCUACUUUGCCGACCUGGCCAAGACCCACGGACCCAUACUCAAGCUCUGGCUCGGCAACAAGCUUGGCAUCGUGGUGACCUCCCCUUCCAUCGCCCGGCAAGUGCUCAAGGAUCACGAUCUCACGCUCGCAAACCGCGACGUGCCCGCCGGGGCCCGGGCCGUCAGCUAUGGCGGGUCGGAUAUUGUGUGGACCCCUUACGGGCCGGAGUGGCGGAUGCUCCGAAAAGCGUGCGUGCUCAAGAUGCUUAGCAACACCACCUUGAACUCCGUGUACAAUCUCCGUCGUAAACAAGUCCGGGAAACUGUCGGAUACUUUUACAGUCGGGCCGGGUCUCCCGUGAACGUUGGGGAGCAGAUGUUCCUGACGGCGCUCAACGUGAUUACCAACAUGUUGUGGGGCGGGACGAUGCAGGGAGACGAGAGGAGUAGCCUGGGGGCGGAGUUUAGGGAGGUGGUGUCCGAGAUAACGGAGAAUUUGGGGAAGCCAAACAUCUCGGAUUUUUAUCCGGGUUUGGCCCGGUUUGAUUUGCAAGGCAUAACCAAAAAGAUGGAUGGGUUGGCCCGAAAGUUUGAUCGGAUUUUUGAUAUAGUGAUUGAUCAACGGCUGAAGAUGGAUAGAGAAGCUGGUAAUAUUUCUGGGAAAGAGAGGAAUGAUUUUUUGCAGUUUUUGCUGAAAUUGAAGGAUGAAGGUGGUGAUUCCGAAGCACCUAUGACGAUGAUCCACGUCAAGGCUUUGCUUAUGGACAUGGUGGUGGGUGGGACAGAGACGUCCUCCAACACAGUAGAGUUUGUCAUGGCUGAAAUGAUGAACAAACCAGAGGUUAUGAGGAAAGCCCAACAAGAAUUGGAGGCCGUUGUUGGGAAAGACAACAUCGUCGAAGAAUCUCACAUUCACAAAUUGCCCUACUUGCACGCUGUGAUGAAAGAAACGCUGCGUUUGCACCCAGCGUUGCCUCUUCUAGUCCCCCAUUGCCCUAGCGACACGUGCACCGUAGGAGGCUACACAAUUCCAAAAGGGUCCCGAGUGUUUGUAAAUGUGUGGGCAAUACAUAGGGACCCUUCUAUUUGGGAAAAUCCAUUGAAUUUUGAUCCCGAAAGGUUCUCCAAUGAUAAAUGGGACUACAGUGGAAAUGACUUCAGUUAUUUUCCAUUCGGGUCGGGUCGCCGGAUAUGUGCUGGAAUUGCAAUGGCUGAGCGGAUGGUGAUUUUUUCAGUUGCUACACUUGUGCAUUCUUUUGAUUGGACACUGCCCCAUGGAGCGAAGUUGGAUCUGGAAGAAAAGUUUGGGAUUGUACUUAAAAAGAAGACACCUCUUCUCGCAAUUCCAAGCCCAAGGCUAACUCAUCCAUCUCUCUAUCAGUGAGCCAGGGGUGCAGCUGCCUGUGAUAUGAUGAGUCAACAAUGCUAUAUAUAUAUAUAUAUAUAUAUAUACAGAUAUAUCUUCUUUUAUCUUUCAGCAUUCAGCAGAUACACAUACACAAGAAGACAUAGCUUAUGAUAAUAUCUCUAAUUUUUACUUGUA